CUACUGUGUCUCCUGUGUGUCCUGUCUUCCCUGGUGGAUCUAACCAACGCCUGCCCUCCGACCUGCCUCUGCAACGCCACCGACGUAGACUGCAGCGGGCGCGGCCUGCUCUCCAUGCCCGCCCUCACCCAGCUUCCCGUCACCACCCGCACCCUCCUGCUGCCCAACAACCACCUCUCCUCCCUGAGUCCAGGGUCCUUUGCUAACCUCACCUCCCUGGAUCGACUGGAUCUUUCCAACAACUAUCUGGAUAAUCUACCCCCUGCACUCUUCAAGGACCUGGGGAAUCUAUCUGAUCUGACCCUCCACAACAACAGUCUUAGGGCCUUGGAUAGGGAUCUCUUCCAGGGGCUGGUGGGGGUGAGGAAAGUUAGAUGUCUCCCUCAACGGGCUGUCUGAGAUCCCCCUGGGUCUGCUGGAUGAGCUGCAGGGGCUGACGUGGCUCUCCCUGGCCGGGAACAGGCUACAUGCCCUGCAGAGAGCCGCCUUCGAGCCCCUGGCUAACCUUCAGUAUUUACAGCUAGGGGCUAACCCCUGGGAGUGUGACUGCAACCUGAGGGACUUCAAGCACUGGAUUGAGUGGCUGCUGUACAGAGGUGAGAGUGAAGGGUAUGUUUUGUGUCAGGGUUUGGGUUUGGGAGGGAGGGAGGGAGGGAGGGGGGAGGGAGGGAGGGAGGGUGUUUCUCCUGAGUGUGUAGAGUGACUUGCUGUAAAUGAUACAGUCUUUACUGUACUGUACUCAACUCUAGUCUUCUACACUCUACUAACUACUUACUGCUAAGCAGUCCUUUGGGACUGCAACUUUGGAGUCUCUAUACUCUGCCCCAGUUGGGAGUUGGUUUGGUGGGGUAGAUUUAGAGGAUAGUCCCAGACUUUACAAGCCUAUGGCAACGUCAGGGAAACUCCUCUCUUGGAGUUAUAUGCUAGCCAAAGUGACCUUCUUCUGUUGUGGCACUGUAAUAGACAGGUACCAUCCUAACAGCCAGAUAGCGUCCUAACAGCCAGAUAGCGUCCUAACAGCCAGGUACCAUCCUAAAAGCCAGGUACCAUCCUAACAGCCAGGUACCAUCCUAAAAGCCAGGUACCAUCCUAACAGCCAGAUAGCGUCCUAACAGCUAGGUACCAUCCUAAAAGCCAGGUACCAUCCUAACAGCCAGGUACCAUCCUAACAGCACAGAUAGCUCCUAACACGCAGGUACCAUCCUAAAAGCCAGUACCAUCCUAACAGCCAGGUACCAUCCUAAAAGCCAGGUACCAUCCUAACAGCCAGAUAGCGUCCUAACAGCUAGGUACCAUCCUAAAAGCCAGGUACCAUCCUAACAGCCAGAUAGCGUCCUAACAGCUAGGUACUAUCCUAACAGCCAGAUAGCGUCCUAACAGCUAGGUACCAUCCUAACAGCCAGAUAGCAGUCCUAACAGCUAGGUACCAUCCUAACAGCCAGAUAGCGUCCUAACAGCUAGGUACCAUCCUAACAGCCAGAUAGCGUCCUAACAGCUAGGUACCAUCCUAACAGCCAGAUAGAUCCUAACAGCUGGUACAUCCUAACAGCCAGAUAGCGUCCUAACAGCUAGGUACUAUCCUAACAGCCAGAUAGAGUCCUAACAGCUAGGUACCAUCCUAACAGCCAGAUAGUGUCCAAACAGCUAGGUACCAUCCUAACAGCCAGAUAGCGUCCUAACAGCUAGGUACCAUCCUAACAGCCAGAUAGCGUCCUAACAGCUAGGUACCAUCCUAACAGCCAGAUAGUGUCCUAACAGCUAGGUACCAUCCUAACAGCCAGAUAGCAUCCUAACAGCUAGGUACCAUCCUAACAGCCAGAUAGCGUCCUAACAGCCAGGUACCAUCCUAACAGCCAGAUAGCAUCCUAACAGCUAGGUACCAUCCUAACAGCCAGAUAGUGUCCUAACAGCUUGGUGCCAUCCUAACAGCCAGAUAGCGUCCUAACAGCUAGGUACUAUCCUAACAGCCAGAUAGAGUCCUAACAGCUAGGUACCAUCCUAACAGCCAGAUAGUGUCCAAACAGCUAGGUACCAUCCUAACAGCCAGAUAGCGUCCUAACAGCCAGAUAGAGUCCUAACAGCUAGGUACCAUCCUAACAGCCAGAUAGUGUCCUAAACAGCUAGGUACCAUCCUAACAGCCAGAUAGCGUCCUAACAGCCAGAUAGCGUCCUAACAGCCAGGUACCAUCCUAACAGCCAGAUAGCGUCCUAACAGCUAGGUACCAUCCUAACAGCCAGAUAGCAUCCUAACAGCCAGAUAGCGUCCUAACAGCGAGGUACUAUCAUAACAGCCAGAUAGCGUCCUAACAGCUAGGUACCAUCCUAACAGCCAGAUAGCAUCCUAACAGCUAGGUACCAUCCUAACAGCCAGAUAGCGUCCUAACAGCUAGGUACCAUCCUAACAGCCAGAUAGCAUCCUAAAAGGCAGAUAGCGUCCUAACAGCUAGGUACCAUCCUAACAGCCGAUAGCGUCCUAACAGCUGGUCCAUCCUAACAGCCAGAUAGCGUCCUAACAGCUAGGUACCAUCCUAACAGCCAGGUACCAUCCUAACAGCCAGAUAGCGUCCUAACAGCUAGGUACCAUCCUAACAGCCAGAUAGCGUCCUAACAGCUAGGUACCAUCCUAACAGCUAGGUACCAUCCUAACAGCCAGAUAGCAUCCUAACAGCCAGGUACCAUCCUAACAGCCAGAUAGCGUCCUAACAGCCAGAUAGCGUCCUAACAGCCAGGUACCAUCCUAACAGCCAGAUAGCGUCCUAACAGCCAGGUAUCGUCCUAACAGAGAGGUACCGUCCUAACAGCCAGGUAGCGUCCUAACAGAGAGGUACCGUCCUAACAGAGAGGUACCGUCCUAACAGAGAGGUACCGUCCUAACAGCCAGGUAGCGUCCUAACGCCACCGUAGCUUUUAGCCUCAUGAUUUUCAAUGCCUCCUCUGUAGAAUACAGACAACCCCUGUUUUUGUAUAUUUAUUCGCCCGCCCUUUAAAAACCCCCCGUCUCGGACAUGAAAACUCCCAGGUUGAACACUUCUCAGUUUUUCUCGCCUGACAAAUUUACGCACACUCUUACACGGGAAUACGAUAAAUCGGCACAGAAAAAAUAAAGGGUUAAAAAUAAAGCUGAAUUCUUAUUAAACUGUAAAAAACACGGCCAUCCCCUCCAGUUUUUAGGCAUUUUUAAAGGACGUGGGGUGUAGCGGUCGUGUUUUGUGUGGGGUGUGUUUGAGGUGAAAAAAGUGGAGCGCACUUUUCGUGUUGUGGUUGUGUGUGUUUGUGUGGUUUAGGUGAUAAAGUGAGAGAAAAGGGGGGCCCAGUGUGUUUUGUGUUGUGUGUUGUGGGUGUGGUUUUGUGUGUGUGUGUGUGUGUGGGGUUGGGGUGUGUGUGGUGGUGUGUGUGUGUGUUUUGUGUGUGUGGUGGGUGUGUGGUUUGGGGGUGCGGAGGGCGCGGAGGUCCUGUUGUGCUUUGUGUCGUGUUUUGGGGUGGUGUGGUGUGUGGUGUGUGUUGUGUGUUUUGGGGUUUUUUGAGGUGACGGAGAGCGCAGGCGGGUCCGUGGGUUUCACCCAUUUUCCUGAUACCCUGCGGCACCCUAUGCCCCCAUUCACAUCCGGGAGAGAGGAGAGUGGGGAAGGGGACUCUACCCAAACAGCCUCUCACCUGAGGUUUUUCCCUCCCCUGCUGGUCCCCCUCUAUUCCUGGGAUUUCGUUAAUACCCUUCCUUUGAGGGAAUAGCGGGGGCUGGCAAGUAUCUUUUUUCAACCACUAUAGUGGGCUUUUUUAAAAAAUUCCAAAGUCUCUUUUUUCCAAACCACGAUGAUGGGCUUUUUUAAAAUGGCAUGGGGUUUGAGCCUGGGCAUGAUCUUUGUGUAUACUAAAUGUUUGUGUUACAUCUGUGUGACGAUGUUUGUUUUCGUAGACUUUAUUCCCAUCAACCAAAGAAACAAAUCCACAUCAAUCACCCAACUCUGGUUUAAACCUUUUCUGCAAGCCUUUCAUUUUUGUUCACUGUUGCUGAUCUCAAUCUGGAAAUGCUCAUCAAUGCAAAUGCAAUAUUCAAAAACCCGUUUUGUUAACCCUUCCUUUUCUCACAGACACAGAUAUCAAAAGGGCCGGGGUUUAAAAACUUCCUCGUUCUUUUAGUUUGGAAAACAAAAGGUUCCGUUGCUAGCGUUCCCCCCUGACAAAUGUUGAGACAAAGAGCAUGUAUAUACAUCCUCCCUUCCUCCCCUCCCCCUCCCUUAGGGCCCCAUGAGUCCUAAUCCUUGUGUUGCUGUCCACACAUAGCUUUUCUUCCCCAGGCACUCCGCACCUUGGGCCAACCCUUGCUGUACAUGAUUAAACUAAACAAUUUUCCACAGGGUUUUUUAGGCCAUCUCCAAUUCAACAUGGAAAAUCCCGUUAGAGGCUUCACCCCUCCUGCAGACAAUAGACCCUGAUGUCAGACAAAAGCAUAACAGUCCUGUAAGGGGGGUGGAUGUUGCAUGCUACUGUGAACCCCCCCCCCCCGGCCCACAAUGGCUGCCCCUUUAAAUUUUUUUUUUAAUUGAUGAAACUGCACCAAACCUUUUUUUACCAGAGGAUAGACGUAUGUGGGGGUUGUAAUUUAUCCUUUUCUCUCUCUCUCCUCUUAAAAUAAAAAAUCUGUGCUUUUACUUGAAAUACAGUUAUUUUUCCUUUUUCUUCUUUUUCCCCCCCUCUCUUCCUCUACCCCCCCCCACCUUUCUCCCCUCUCCUGUCCUCUACCCCCCUCUUCUUCCCCCCUCUUGUCCUAUACCUCCCUCUUCUCCCCCUCUCCCCUCUUCUGCCUAUUCCCCCCUACCUCUCUCCCCCUCUUUGGGCCUCUUUCCCCCCCCCCUUCUCUCCCCCUCUCUCUGUCCUCCCACCCCCCCCUUCUCUCCCCCUCUUGUCCCUUCCCCCCCCCACCUUUUCUCCCCCUCUCGCCCUUACCCCCACCUUUCUUCCCCCCCUCUCUGUCCUCUUCCCCCCCACCUUUUUCCCCCUCUCUCUGUCCUUAUCCCCCCCCACUCUUCUUCCCUUCUCGGCCUCACCCCCCUUUUUUCCCCCCCUCUCUCGUCCUCAUCCCCCCCUACCCUCCCCCCCCCCCCUCUGUCUUUCCCCCCCUCUUCUUCCCCCUCCUCUCUUCCCCACCCCCCCCCCUUCCCCCCCUCUCCUUUCCUCAUCCCCCUCUUCUCCCCCCCCCUCUCCUUUCCCCCCCCCCCUAUUUCUCUCCUUCCCUCUCGUCCUCAUCCCCCCCCCUUUUCCCCUCUCCCUCUCUCUUUCCCUAUCCCCCACCCUUCUCCUCCCCUUCGUCCCACCCCCCCCUUCUCUCCCCUCCCUUCCCUAUCCCCCCCACCUUUCCCCCCCUCUCGUUUCCCCCCACCCCCCCCCCUCUCUCCCCCCUCCUUGCCUCUACCCCCCCCCUUCUCCCCCCCUCUCUGUCCUAUAUCCCCCUAUUUCCCCCCUUCCUCUCCCCCUCUCCUGCCCCCUAUCCCCCUACUUCUCCCCCCCCCCCAUCCCCCCCCCCUUUCCCCCCCCCCCCCAUCCCCCCACUUUCCCCCCCCCCCCCCCCCUCCUUUCCUCACCCCCCACCCUUUUCUCCCCCCUCUCCCCUCUCCUUCCCUAUCCCCCUAUUCUUCCCCCCUCUCUGCCUAUCCCCCCAAACCUUUUUUUCCCCCCCCUCUCUUUUCCCCUACCCCCCCCUUCCUUCUCCUCCCCCCCUUCUUCCCCAUCCCCCUACCCCUCCCCCCUUCUGCCCCUUUCCCCCCCUCCUUCCUCCCCCUCUCUCUCCUCUUUUCCCCCCCCUUUUCUCCCCCCCCCCUCCGCCUCUACCCCCCCUUCUUCCCCCCCUUCGUCCUUAUCCCCCCCCUCCCCCUCUCCUGCCUCUUCCCCCCAAUCCACCUCUCCUCCCCUAAGUCCCAGGUUCCGUUGCUAACCUCACCUCCCUGGCUCGAGCCUGGAUCUUUCCCACAACUAUCUGGUAAUCUAACCCCCUGCACUCUUCAAGGACCUGGGGAAUCUAAUCCUGAUCUGCCUCCACAACAACAGUCUUAGGGGCCCUUGGACUUGGAUCUCUUCGCAGGGACUGUUGGGGGUGAGGAAGUUAGAUGUUCUCUCUCAACGGGCUGUCUGAAUCCCCCUGGGAUCUGCUGGAUGAGCUGCAGGGGCUGCCGUGGCUCGGCCUGCCCGGAACAUGCUUACUGCCCUGGCAAAGCCCGCCUGCGGCCCCUGCUAAACCUUUCAGUAUUUACCGCUAGGGGGCUAACACCUGGGAGUGUGACUGGCACCCUUAUGGACUUCAAGCACCCUCGGAUUGAGUGGCUGCUGUAUCAGAGUGAGAGUGAAGGGUUGUUUUGUGUCAGGGUUGGGUUUGGGAGGGAGGGAGGGAGGGAUUGGAGUGGAUGAUGGAGAGAGUGGUGUUCUCCUGGUUGUGUAGAGUUACUUGCUGUAAAUGAUACUCUUUUUACUGUACUGUACUCAACUCUAUCUUCUUACCGCUACUACACUACUACUGCUAGCGUCCUUUGGGACUGGCAACUUUGGGUCUCUAUACUCUGCCCCAAGUUGGGAAGUUGGUUUUGGUGGGUAAGAUUUUGGAGGAUAGUCCCCAGACUUUACAAAGCCUAUGGCAAACGUCAGGGAAACUUACCUCUCUUGAGUUAUAGCUAGCCAAAGUGACCUUCUCUGUUUGUGGCCCUGUAAUAGACAGGUACCUCCUACCAUCCAGAUAUGCGUCCUAAACAGCCAUAUCGUCCUAACAGCCAGGUACAUCCUAAAGCCAGUACCUCCUAACAGCCAGGUGACCGACAUCCUAAAGCCAGGUAACCAUCCUACAACACCAGAUAGCGUCCUAACAGCUAGGUAUCCAUCCUACAGCCAGGUCACCAUCCUACGCCGGAUGACCCGUCCUAACAGCUAGGUAACUAUCCUAACAGCCAGAUAUCGUCCUAACACUAGUCCCAUCCUAAAAGCCAGAUAGCUCCGAACAACUCGGUACCAUCCCCAAUCCUCACAGCCAGAUAGCGUCCUAACAGCUAGGUCCAUCUAACAGCCAAGCUAUGCGUCCUAACAUCUAGGUACCAUCCUAACAGCCAGUAGCCUCCUAACACUUGGUGCUAUCCUAACAAGCCAGAUAGCGUCCUAACAGCUCGUACUACCUAAGCCAGAUAAGCCUAAAGCUUAGGUAAACCACCUAACACCAGAUAGUUCCAACAGCUAGGUACCAUCCUAAACGCCAUACUGCGUCGCUACAGCUAGGUACCAUCCUAACAGCCAGAUAGCGUCCUACGCUAUGUACAUCCUACCGCCGAUAUUGUUCACUAACAGCUAGUUACCAUCUAACGCCAGAUAGCAAUCCACAGCUAGGUCCCAUCCUCACAGCCAGUCGCGUCUAACAGCCCGUUCCAUCCUAGACAGCAAAUAGCAUCUACAGCUAGGUACCCCAUCCUAACGCCUAUAGUGGUCCUAACAGCUUGUGCCAUCCUAAACAGCCAGAUAGCGGUCCUACACUAGGUACUAUCCUACAGCCAUAUCGAAUUCCUACAUCUAAGGUACCAUCCUACACCAGAUAGUGUCCCAAACAGCUAGGUACCUCCUCCAGCCAGAUCGCGUCCAACACCAAUAGAGUCCUAACCGCUAUGUACCUCCUAACAGCCCAUAGUGUCCAAACAGCUAUGUACCAGCCUAACAGCCAGAUAGCGUCCUAGACAGCCAGAUAGCGUCCCUAACAAACCAUUGUACCAUCCUAACAAGCCAGACUAGCGUCCUAAACAGAUAGUACAUACUAACAGCAGAUAGCAUCCUAAAGCCAUAUAGCGUCUAACGCGAGGUACUAAUAACAUCCAGAAUAGCGUCCUAAACGCUAGGUACCAUCCGGAACAGCCAGAUAGCAUCCUAACAGCUAGGUACCAUCUAACAUCCAGAUACGUCCUAACAAGCUAGGACCAUCCUAACAGCCAGAUUAAAAAAAAAGCAACAAGCCUAAUGGCAGAUAGCGUCCUACAGCUGGUACCAUCCUAACAGCCAGAUAGCUCCAGACACUAGGACUAUCCUACCAGCCCUAUAGCUCCUAACAGCUAGGUACCAUCCUAACAGCCAGAAUACCUCCUAACAUUCUUACAUUACAUUUUAGUCCUUUCAGCAGACGCUCUUAGUCCAAGCGACUUACUUUAGUGAUCAUUUUUUUAACGGGUCCCCUUGGGGAAUCGAACCCACAAACCCUGGCGUUUGCAACGCCAUGCUCUAUCACUGAGCUACAUCCCUCCGCCAUUCCCUCCCCUCCCUGGACAACGCUGGGCCAUUGUGCGUCGCCCAUCGAGUCUCCCGUCCCGUCCGCUGCGACAGAGCCUGGAUUCGAACCGAUCUCUAUUGGCACAGUUAGCACUGCUGCAGUGCCUUAGAACCCUGCGCCACUCAGGGUUCACAGCCAGUACCAUGCCUAACAGCCAGAUAGCGUCUAACGUAGUCACCAUCCUACAGCCAGAUAGCGUCCUACACCUAGUACCACCAUCCUAACAGCUAGGUACCAGCCUAACACCAGAUAGGGCAAUCCUAACAGCCAGGGUACCAUCCUAACAGCCAAGAUAGCGUCCCUAACAGCCAGAUAAGCGCUCCUAAAAAGCCAGGUACCCAAUCCUAAAAGCCAGAUAGCGGCCUAACCAGCCGAGGUAUCGUCCUAAACAGAGAGGUACCGUCCUACAGCCCAGGUAGCGUUCCUGAACAGAGAGGUACCCGUCCUAACAGAGAGGUACCGUCCUAACAGAGAGGUACCGUCCUAACAGAGAGGUACCGUCCUAACAGCCAGGUAGCGUCCUAACAGCCAGCCGUAGCUUUUAGCCCUCAUGAUUUUCUAAUGCCCUCUCUCUGUAGAAUACAGAACAACCAUGUCCUGUCUUGUAUAUUUCAUUCGGACCGACCGUUACAUCCCCGUCUCGGACAGUGAAAAGCUACCAGGUUGAACACUUCUCAGCUUCUCGCACUGAGCGAAUUUACAGCACACUCUUACACGGGAAUACGAUAAAUCGGCAGCUAGAUAAAAUAAAUGGUUGAAAAAUAAAGCUGACACUUCUAGUAUUAAACUGUCAGAAGCACUGGGCCAUCCCUCUCCAGUAUUAAUUAGGCAGUUUAAAGUGACAGUGAGAGAGUGUAGGCAGGUCUGUGUGUGUGUGUGUGUGUGUGUUUGAGGUGACAAAGUGAGAGCGCAGGCAGGUUCAUGUGUGUGUGUGUGUGUGUGUGUGGUGUGUGUGUUUGAGGUGAUGAAGUGAGAGCACAGGCAGGUCCAGUGUGUGGUGUGUGUGUGUGUGUGUGUGUGUGUGUGUGUAUUGUGUGUGUGUGUGUGUGUGUGUUGUGUGGGGUGUGUGUGUGUGUGUGUGUGUGUGUGUGUGUGUGUGUGUGUGUGUGUGGUGUGUGUGUGUGUUUGAGGUGACGGAGGGCGCAGGAGGUCCAUGUGUGUGCGUGUGUGUGUGCGGUGUGUGUGUGUGUGUGUGUGUGGUGUGUGUGUGUGUGUGUGUGGUGUUUUGAGGUGACGGAGAGCGCAGGCAGGUCCGUGGGUUCACCCAUGUUCCUGAUACCCUGCUGCUACCCAUAUGCCCCCAUAUCACAUCCAGGAGAGAGGAGAGUGGGGAGAGGGAGAGCAUCUACCCAGAGACAGGCCUCUCAGCCUGAGGCUUUUCUCCCUGCUGGUCCCCCUCUAUUCCUGGAGCUUCUGUUAAUACCCUUCCUUUAGAUGGAAUAGCUGGGGCUAGGCCAAGUCAUCUGUUUCAACCACAGUAUGAGUGGGCUUGUUUAAAUGGCCAAGUCAUCUGUUUCAACCACAGUAUGAGUGGGCUUGUUUAAAUGUGCAUGUGUGUGAGCCUGGUGCAUAGAUGCAUAUGUGUAUACAGUAAAUGUUUGUGUGUACAUCUGUGUGACGAUGUAUUGGUAUUCUGUAGAGCUGUUAUUCCCAUCAACCAGAAGAAACAAAUCCACAUCAAUGCACCCAACUGCUGGCUUUAACAGCCAUUCUGCAAAGCACUUCUCAUUUUGUUCACUGCUUGGCUGAUCUCAAUCUGGAAAUGCAUCAUCAAUGCAAUAUGCAAUAUUCAAAACCAUGUUUGUUAAGCACCUUCCUUCUCUCACAGACGACAGAUGAUCAAGGCUCGGGUUAAAAUACUUCCUCGUUCUUUUAGUUUGGAAAUCAAAUGGUUCCGUUGCUAGACGUUCAGCCCUGACAAAUGUGUUGAGACAAAUGCAGCAUGUGAUCAUACAUCCUCCCUUCCUCCCCUCUCUCCCUUAGGGACAACACAUGAGUCACCUAAUCCUUGUGUUGACUGUCACACACAUAGCUAGAUCUUCCCCCGAGGCACGUCCGCACCUUGGUCCAGACACUUGCUGUAGCUAUGAUAUCAUCUAAUCAAUUAUCCACAGGCUUUAGUUGAGGCCAUCUCCAAUUCAACAUGGAAAGAGUCACAUGUUAGAGGGCUUCACCCAUCCUGACAGACAAUAGACCCUGAGUGUCAGACAGACAGACAUAGAGCAGUCACUGUAGAGCGGAGUGGUAUUGUUGCAUGCUAGCUGUGAACCCCCCCCCCCCCGGCUCCACAAUGGCUGCCAGUUGACAUUUAUUUGUAUUAAUUCUGAUGAAACUGCACACAAGCCUUUUGUUUACCAGGAGGAUGAUGACUGAUAUGUGGUGGUGGUAAUUGUAUCUCUUUCUCUUUCUCUCUCUCUCUCUCUCUCUACAAAUAACAUCUGAUGCUUUUACUCUGAAUAAUACAUGUUAUUUUUCUCUCUUUCUUCUUCUCUCCUCCCCCGCUCUCUGUCCCUACCGUCCUCUACCACCCCUCCCCCCUUCUCUCCCUCUCUCGUCCUCGAUCCCCCAUCUUCUCUCGCCCCUGCUCUCCUGUCCUAUAUCCUACCUCCUAUAUCCUCCCUACCUUCUCUCCCUCUCCUCUCUCUCUCUUCCUAUAGCCCCCCUACUUCUCUCCUUCUCUCCCUCCCCCUCCUCUCUGUCCUCUAUCCCCCUACCUCUCUCGACUUCUCUCCCCUCUCAUCUUUCCUCUAUCCCCCCACCUUCUCUCCCCCUCUGUCCUCUACCCCCCCCCCCCUUCCUCCCCCUACAUCUGUCCUCUAUCCCCCACCUUCUCUCCCCCUCUCUCUGUCCUCUAUCCCCUACCUUCUCUCCUCCCCCUCUAUCUGUUCCCUCUAUCCCCCCUAGCUUCUCUCUCCUCUCUCUGUCCUUAUCCCCCCUAUCUUUCUCUCCCCUCUCUCUGUCCCUCUAUCCCCCACAUAUCUUCUCUCCCCCCUCUCUGUCUCUAUCCUCCCCCCCUAUCUCUCUCCCCCCUCUUCUGUCCUCUACCCCCCCACUCUCUCGCCCCCGCUCUCUGUCCUCUAUCCCCCAUCUUCUCUCCCCCUCUCGCUGUGCCAUCUAUCCCCCCUAGCUUCUCUCCUCCCUCUCUCUGCCUCUAUCCCCCACCUUCUCUUCCCGCUCCCUCUCUCUGUCCUCUAUCCCCCCCACCUUCUCUCUCCCUCUCUCUUGGUCCUCUAUCCCCCGAUCUUUCUCUCCCCUCUCUCGUCCUCUAUCCCCCCUACCUUCUCUCCCCCUCUCUUCUCUCUGUCCUCUAAUCACGCCCCACCGUCUCUCCCCUCCCCCUCUCUCUGUCCUCUAUCCCCCCACCUUCUCUCCCCCUCUCUGUCCUAUAUCCCCCCUAUCUUCUCGUCCCCUCUCUCUGUCCUCUAAUCCCCCUAUCUUCCUCCCCUCUCUCGGUUCCUCUAAUCCCCCCCCUACCUUCAUCUCCCCCUCUCUCUGUCUCUAUCUCCCCCCACCUUCUCUCCUCCCCCUAUCAGCUUCCCUCUAUCUCCCGCCCAGCUUCUCUCUCUCUCCCCGUCUCUCUGUCCUCUUAUCCCCCUACCUUCUCCCUCCCCCCCCCUCUCUGUCCUCUAUCCCCCCUACCUCCCUCUCCUCCCCCCUCAUCUGUCCUCUAUCCCCCUACCUCUCUCCCCCUCUCUCUGAUCCUCUAUUUUCCCCUAGUCCCUCUCCCCUCUCUCUUCCUCUAUCCCCCUAGACCUUCUCUCCCCCUCUCUCUGUCCUCUAUCCCCACCUCUCUCCCCCCCCUCUUCCUCUGUCCUCUAUCCCCCCAUUUCUCCCCCCUCUCGGUCCUCUACCCCCUCCCCCUCUCCUCUCUGUGCCUCUCUCCCCCCACCUUCUCUCCCUCUCCCUCUCUCUGUCCUCUAUCCCCCCACCUUCCUCUCUCCCUCUCUGGUCCUCUACCCUCCUACCCCCCACCUUCUCGUCCCCCCUCUCUCUGUCCCUCUAUCCCCAGUAUCCCCCCACCUUCUCCUCCGCGCUUCUCUCUCUCCCUCGUCUCUGUCCUCUAUCCCCCUACCUUCUCUCCCCCCUCUCCUCUGUCCUCUCAUUCCCCCCCCCCCCAUCUUCUCUCUCCUCUCUCUGUCCUCUAUCCCCCUACCUUCUCUCCCCUCUCUCUGUCCUCUAUCCCCCCAACCUUCUCUCCCCCCUCUCUGUCCUCUAUCCCCCUACCUUCUCCCCCCUCUCUCUGUCCUCUACCCCCCCACCUUCUCUCCCCCUCGUUGUCCUCUAUACCCCCAACCUUCUCUCUCUCUCCCCUCUCUGUCCUAUAUAUCCCCCCUAUCUCUCUCCCCCUCUCUCUGUCCCUAGCCCCUAUAUUCUCUCCCGCCCCUCUCUCUGUGCCUCUAUCCCUAUCCCCCCUACUUCUCUCCCCCUCCUCUCUGUCCCUCUAUCCCCCCCACCUGCUCUCCCCCUCUCUCUGUCCCUAUCCCACCUAUCUCUCUCCCCCCUCCCUGCUCCUGGUCCUCUAUCCCCCCUACCCGUCCGCUCCCCCUCGCUCUGUCCUCUAUCCCCCCUAUUCCGUUCUCCCCCCCCCCUCAUCUGUCCUCUAUCCCCCCUAUCUUCUCUCCCCCCUCUCUGUCCUCUAUCCCCCUACCUUCUCUCCCCCUCUCUCGUCCUCUAUUUCCCUAUCGCCUCUCUCCCCCUCUCUCUGUCCCCUCUUCCCCCCCUACCUUCUCUCUCCCCCCUCUCUCUGUCCUCUAUCCCCCCCACCAUUCCUCUCCCCUUCUCUGCCCCCUCUCUCUCAUCUGUCCUCUAUCCCUAUCCCCGAAUCCUUCUUCUCCUCCCGCUCGCUCUGUUCCUCUAUCCCCCUAUCUUCUCUCCGCCCUCAUCUAUGUCCUCUAUCCCCCCUACCUCUCACCUUCUCUCCUCCCCUCUCUCUUCCUCUAUCCCCCUACAUUCUCCUCUCCCCCCCGCUCUGUCAUAUAUAUCCCCCCAUCUUUCUCUCCCCCGCCUCUCUCGUACUCUACGCCCCUACUUCUCCCCCCCCUCUCGUGUCAAUAUCCCCCUCCCCCCGUCUUCUCUCCUCCCCCCCUCUCUGUCCUCUAUCCCCCCUACCUUCUCUCCCCCUCUCUGUCCUCUAUCCCCCCUACCUUCUCUCCCCCUCUCUCUGUCCUUUAUCCCCAUCUUCUCUCCCCCUUUCUCUGUCCUCUAUCCCCCCUCCCAUCUCUCUCUCCCUCCAGGUGGUAAGGUGGACGGGGUGGAGUGUACCCUCCCUAAGGACCUGCGAGGGCGGGACAUCCGUGGCGUUCCAGUGGAGAUGUUCAACUACUGCCUCCAACUGGAGGACGAGAACGGGGGAGAAGGGGGGACGCGGAGCGGAGGAAAAGAAGGUUCGUCCCCACCCUGCAGCCGAACUACCGGCUCCGGGGGAACCGGCAGAGCACCCACCUCCGAAUCAGAGGUCCCCGCUGCGGGCGACCUGGUGCCCGUCCCGGACUGUGUGCGGCGGCGCUACCAGCCGGUGAGCGUGCGGAGGGCCAUCGGCACGGUGGUGAUAGCCGGGGUGGUGUGUGGUGUCGUGUGUAUCAUGAUGGUGGGGGCGGCGGCAUACGGAUGCAUCUAUGCCUCGCUCAUGGCCAAGUAUCAACGAGAGCUGAAGAAGAGGCAGCCGCUGAUGGGAGACGGGGAGGGUGACGCAGACCCUGAGGACAAGCAGAUCUCCUCUGUGGCG